AUGUCGAAUGAUAAAAGAGAAACAUUAGAAGAACGUUUAGCUAGACGACGUCGCUUGCAUAAAAGAAGAUUUUUAGAUAACAGAAUUUCUGUUGAUGAAUCAGAAAUAAGAUUAACUAAUCGUAGUUCAACAGCAACACGAUCACUUGAUCGUCAAUCAAGUAAACGUAUGACUCAAACAACGUUUGUUGAUCAGCAUAAAAAAUCAUUGCCAAUCAUUAAACGUUCAGAAUUACUGUCAAUUGAAAAUGCAUAUUCAAGAUCAAAUUAUAGUUUAUCGAACAAUAAAACUAAUUCAACUCCUCUUCUACAACAAUUAUCUAAAAAUCAAUCUUUCGAUUCUGAAAAUGAGAGACAAGUUUCAUCAAAAUCUCUUCCUAUUAAUGAACAACAACAAAAUAAAAAACCCAUCAUUAACAAAAACACGGUUUCAUCAGUACUGCUACCAGUGAUUUCUUCUACAACUACUGAACAGUCUAAUCCCAUUCAACAAGAAAUUGGCAUAAAUUCCUCUUCACACCAUGAUGAAAAAUCUAUCACUACUGAAGAAAAUCUUUCAUUCAUAUUACCUCCAAUGGUGCCUGUUACAACCACCGAAAAACCUAAUUCAAUUGUACAAGAGACUCAUGAAAAUUCCACUUCAAAUCGAAUCAAAGAUCUUCCUCAUGAAUCAUUCGAUUAUCCAGUGCGUCAUCUACGAUCGAAUACCGAUAGUCAGCCGCAAUGCUUUAAUUUUACUUCGUUUGCUUCAAAGUCUAUUCCACGUACUAAAUCUGAACAAAUUAUAUCAAUAAAUAAAUCCAAACAUGAACCAUUUAAUUCAAAAAUUCCUAAACUAAAUUUAUUAGCACUUUCAUAUUUAUUUAAUAGACGUAUGGUUGAUGCUGAAUUAGCUCCUACGUCAUCAUCUGAUGAUAAACAAUCACAACGAAAAACUGUUUGGAAUUGA